GGUAAUUUGGGGGCCUCUGAAAGAUGUGUAGGUCCUGCGGAGUGGCACUGGGCUGAAGAGAAGCCAGAGAGGCCCACCCACCAGUGUGAGCUGCUGCUGGGGCUGCUGCAGCUGCAGUCUCCUGGACCGGGGAAAACAGGAGGGCCUCACCUAGAGAGCCAAGGAGAAGUUUCGAGCUCUGGUAACCGCUGUCUGCAGCCCUCAGAGUGAAGGAGCCAUGGGGCCCUGGGCUGAGCUAAGUGUUUUCCUACGAGGACUCUCAUUCCUCCUGGUACUGAUGACAGGUGAAGGGGCCAAAGGAAGAUCUUUCAAAGAAAGUUUGGGGGUGUGCUCCAAGCAGACGCUGCUGGUUCCACUCCGUUACAACGAGUCCUACAGUCAACCAGUGUACAAACCCUACCUGACCCUGUGUGCUGGAAGGCGCGUAUGUAGCACCUACAGGACCACGUACCGUGCGGCCUGGCGGGAGGUGAGGCGGGAGGUACGGCAGACACACGUCAUGUGCUGCCAGGGCUGGAAGAAGCCACACCCAGGAGCUCUCACCUGUGAAGCUAUCUGCUCCAAGCCUUGUCUUAAUGGAGGUGUCUGCAGUGGACCAGACCAGUGCGAGUGUGCCCCAGGCUGGGGGGGGAAGCACUGCCAUGUGGAUGUGGACGAAUGCAGGACCAGCCUUACCGUCUGCUCUCACGGCUGUCUCAACACGCUGGGCAGCUUUGUGUGCAGCUGUCCGCACCCCCUGGUGCUGGGUCCCGAUGGACGCACCUGUGCAGGGGGGCCUCCUGAGCCCUCGACAAGUGCCAGCAUCCUCAGUGUGGCGGUUCGGGAGGCAGAAGGCGAGGAGCGCGCCAUGAGCAGGGAGGUUGCAGACCUCCGUGGGCGGCUGGAGAGGCUGGAGCAGUGGGCCACGCAGGCUGGGGCCUGGGUUCGAGCGGUGCUGCCCGUGCCUCCUGAAGAGCUGAGGCCUGAACAGGUGGCUGAGCUUUGGGGCCAGGGUGACAGGAUCGAGUCCCUCAGUGACCAGGUGCUGCUGCUGGAGGAGAGGCUGGGUGCCUGUGCUUGUGAGGACAACGGCCUGGGGCCAAGCCUCCGCGGAUGACGAAGGACGCCCACGGUAGCUGGGGUACCAACUUAUACUGAAGCUACGACUGCUAACCUGGGCUCAGAUCUGGGUAUCACCCACUGAGGUGCAAUGGGCCGCAGAGAACCCCGCGUCUCUCUUUCUUUUUAUUUUCAGUUGCUUGCUGUUAUCCAGAUAAUAAAAACCAACCACACAAAACUG